UCCAACUCCUAAAAUAAUAGUAGUCCAGUCGGCUUCCUCCGAAACAUCCUGAAUAUUUCCAACACGUCUGUCCUCUCUCUCUCCCUCUCUCCCUCUCUAUCCAGAAAUCUUUAGCCGUCGUAAUUGAGGAGGAUAGAGCGGCUAAGGUUUCGGUGUGGAAGACUCAUCUUAAUGCGCGGCCGGUCUGACAAUAGUCCGUGAAGAUCUCAGCAUAACUUUUCGGUGGAGAUACCGAUUUGCAUCGGACAAGCCGGUCCAAUGCGCUGUUUUCCUUCAUUAUUCAAGUGCAACAGAGCUUCCCCAUUGAAACUAAGUGGAGAGGUCGAUGAGGAGGUUUCAGGAAUACAGAAUACAACGUUGUACAAGUAUAAAGACUUGGUCAAAGCAACCGCAGAUUUCAGUCGAUCCAACAAAAUCGGUCAUGGGGGUUUUGGUUCUGUCUACAAGGGUGUACUUGACGAUGGCACCUUGGUCGCUGUGAAGGUGUUGUCGGCUGAGUCGAGUCAAGGAGUGCGGGAGUUCUUGACAGAGAUAAACAUGAUUGCAAAUAUAGAGCAUCCUAACCUAGUUAAGUUACAUGGUUGCUGUGUGGAAGGAGAGCAUAGGAUCCUGGUAUACGGUUAUCUCGAGAAUAAUAGCCUCGCGCAAACACUUCUUGGCGGUUCCAACAGUAGCAUCCAAUUUCAAUGGCCUACACGACGUAAGAUUUGCAUAGGCGUGGCGACGGGGCUAGCAUUCCUCCACGAGGAAGUCCAACCACCGAUUAUCCACAGAGAUAUAAAAGCGAGCAAUAUCCUGCUAGAUCGUCAGCUGGAGCCGAUAAUUUCAGAUUUUGGUCUUGCUAAACUUUUCCCGAGCAACAUGACUCAUAUCAGCACCCGUGUUGCUGGAACAGUGGGUUAUCUGGCACCAGAGUAUGCAAUGCGAGGUCAGUUGACCAAUAAAGCAGAUAUAUACAGUUUCGGCGUACUGCUUUUGGAAAUUGUUAGUGGGAGAUUUAACACAAACAAGAAAUUACCGGCUGAAGAACGAUAUCUUCUUGAAAGGGCAUGGAAGCUGCACGAGAAAGGGGAGCUAAUGAGCUUAGUGGACACAUCUCUGGACGGGGAAGAGGAACAUCAUAGGGAAGAGGCAUGCCUAUUCAUGAAGAUCGGUUUUCUCUGCGCACAAGGUAUACCACGGCUUCGACCAUCCAUGUCGACUGUCGUGAAGAUGCUAAUGGGCUUAGCUGAGGUUAAAGACAGUGAGAUAUCGAGACCUGGGUCACUUUCAGAAUUCAUGAGUCUAAUUCCUGAGGAAGGGUUGAAAGGUCACUCGAAGGAUUCAUCUUCCACUGCAUCUGGGGAGUCGAGCGGGCCAGACAAAUCAUCUUUGUGGUCGAAAGACAUGCCCGGCUCAUGUGCUACGAUGACCUUCAAUUCUAUUUAUGAUAGGAGCAUUUGAACUGCAAUGUAGGUUUUGCACGUACAUGGAGAAUAGAUAUUUGAGAAACUUUGCUGUAGUAUUGAGGUUCCUUGUGCAUAGUAUUCUGGCUUGGUUAGGUAUUC